UCAAGUCAGCAGGUGGAGGUGGCAGCCAUUGAUCCCAUCCAUUGGCGGCGGCUGCAGGAGGAGGAAGCUUCUCUGGCUGUCGUUGUAUCCUUGCGCAGCUCGUCUUCUCCUCCGAUCCUCUCCACUCCCGACCUGACGCAAUGGCCAUGGAAGAGCAACCUGCUGCUCUGACGGCGGCGCAGGACCUGGCCUACCUGUCGGGGCUGGGCAACACCUUCUCGUCGGAGGCCGUGCCGGGGUCGCUCCCCGUCGGCCAGAACAGCCCGCUGGUGUGCCCGCUGGGCCUCUACGCCGAGCAGCUCUCCGGCACCUCCUUCACCACCCCGCGCGCCAGCAACCUCCGCACGUGGCUGUACCGGAUCAAGCCGUCAGUGACCCACGAGCCGUUCCACCCCCGGGAGCCCACCAACGGCCGCCUCAUCGGGGAGUUCGACCGCACCACCACCGUCGCCACGCCCACGCAGCUGCGCUGGAGGCCGGCAGACGUGCCCCCGGCGCCGCUCGUCGACUUCAUCGACGGCCUCUACACCGUCUGCGGCGCCGGCAGCUCCUUCCUCCGACACGGAUACGCCAUCCACAUGUAUGCUGCUAACAAAUCCAUGGAUGGAUGCGCCUUUUGCAACGCCGACGGUGAUUUCCUCAUUGUUCCCCAGCUAGGAAGGUUGUUGAUCACAACCGAAUGUGGGAAGAUGCUAGUUUCAGCUGGUGAAAUCGUUGUGAUUCCUCAAGGAUUUCGCUUUGCUGUUGACUUGCCUGAUGGUCCUUCACGUGGCUAUGUUUCUGAGAUUUUUGGUACCCAUUUCCAACUCCCUGAUCUUGGUCCAAUUGGUGCUAAUGGUCUGGCUUCACCAAGGGAUUUCCUUUCCCCCACAGCAUGGUUUGAGCAAGUCCACCGCCCUGGAUACAUAAUAGUGCAGAAAUAUGGUGGUGAGCUAUUCACUGCCACACAGGAAUUUUCUCCAUUUAAUGUGGUUGCAUGGCACGGAAAUUAUGUCCCGUACAAGUACGAUCUAAGUAGGUUCUGUCCAUUUAAUACCGUCCUAUUCGAUCAUGCUGACCCAUCAGUAAACACAGUACUAACUGCGCCAACUGAUAAGCCUGGUGUUGCAUUACUUGAUUUUGUGAUAUUCCCGCCUAGAUGGUUGGUUGCUGAGAAUACAUUCCGGCCUCCAUACUAUCAUCGCAACUGCAUGAGUGAAUUCAUGGGCCUGAUUUAUGGGAUGUACGAGGCUAAGGCAGAUGGUUUUCUUCCUGGAGGCGCUAGUCUUCACAGCUGCAUGACACCACAUGGACCAGACACCAAGACCUACGAGGCAACGAUCAGGCGUGCUGGUGCUGGUGAUGAUGCGAAUGAGCCAUCCAGACUGCGCGGCACAUUGGCAUUCAUGUUUGAGUCUUCACUGAUCCCCCGUGUGUGCCGGUGGGCUCUUGAUUCCCCAUCCCGGGAUCUCGAUUACUACCAGUGCUGGAUUGGAUUGAAAUCCCACUUCUCACAUGACAAUAGCCUGAAAGAUUAGUUUAGCUUACUUGAGCCUAAGAGCCUUGUAUAGUUUCUAUGUAUGUGAAGUGAAGGCAGCCUUGUAUGCCAGACUCUAGCUAGCUACCUGGGAAUAAGCUGUAAUGCUGUGUAUAACAAUAACAGAAGCAAGCAACAUCUAUCUGUA